AUGAGCUCCUCGCGCCGCGUCUACCUGCUGCCUCUGAAAGACGAUGGCUCGCCAGAUAUCCCAGGAGGCUACAUCUACCUUCCUCCACCGACCGACCCGGCAUAUACUCUUCGCUUUGUGAUCGAGGGCUCCAGCUCGAUAUGUCGAAAGGGCAGUCUGUGGGUGAACAUCCCCGAGGAGGGCGCCGAGUUUAAUCGGUCGACGUUUCGCCAAUUCAACCUCCAACCGGACUUCAACAAAGAUAUUCAUAUUGACGUGCCCAUUACCCAGGCUGGCGCCUUCGCUUUCUACGCAACAUACUCGCCUCUCCCGAAAUUCUCGGCUUCUGAUCUGCCCGCUGCAAAGGAGGAGAAGAGUCCCGUGCACUAUGUCGAUGUCUCGCCGGCGUUGACUUUGCGCGGCAAGGACGUGCCAUUGGACGCGCUGUCUAUUUUUUCGGUUAUUUCAAAGUUUAUGGGCAAGUACCCGACGGACUGGGAGAACCAUUUGCGCGGUAUAUCGCAGCGGAAUUACAAUAUGAUCCACUUUACGCCGUUGAUGAAACGAGGCGAUUCCAACUCGCCGUAUAGUAUCUACGACCAGCUGGGGUUUGAUCCCGAGGUGUUUCCGAAUGGCGAAAAGGACGUGGCUGCUCUGAUCGCCAAGAUGGAGAAUGAACAUGGCUUGCUGGGCUUGACCGAUGUUGUCUGGAACCAUACUGCGAAUAACAGCAAGUGGUUGGAGGAGCACCCCGAGGCGGGAUACAAUGUGGAAACAGCACCUUGGUUGGAGGCUGCUCUGGACCUCGACACCGCGUUGCUAAAGUACAGCGAUGACUUGGAAAAGCUGGCCCUGCCCACUGAAUUCAAAGAUGUCGAUGAUCUUCUCAAAGUGACUAGCGCGAUGCGCAAGCAUGCUAUCGAUGGGAUUGACCUGUGGCAGUUUUACGUCAUAGAUGUCAAGGAAAACUCCAGCCGGCUUGUCGACGCCUGGAAAGGCAGUUCUGCUGUUGAACCCAUCAGCGACGCCCAGUCAUGGUCUUUAAAGGAAAAGGCAGACUAUAUUCGUGAAAACGCUCUUCAGAACGCAUCUCAAAUAUUGGGGAGGUUUUCUCGAAAGGUGGAUGCAUCAAAAGCUUUGCCUCUUUUUGCUGCCGUGUUUGGACCUGGCAACAGUUCAACAGAUGCGUCUACGGUUGCAGAUGAAGUUUCGCGCAUUCUAGAUGAAGUCAAUCUGCCAUUUUACAAGGAAUACGACGCCGAGGUUGCCGUCAUUGUGGACCAGAUCUUCAAUCGGGUCAAAUACAUGAGAAUCGACGAUCAUGGCCCCAAGGUAGGCCCAGUGACAAAGGAAAAUCCCCUCAUAGAAAGCUACUUUACCAGACUGCCGACGAAUGAAACCACAAAAAAGCACAAUCCCAAGUCUCUCGCCUUGGCCAAUAACGGUUGGAUAUGGAACGCCGAUGCUAUGAAAGACAAUGCCGGGCCUGACUCACGGGCUUAUCUCCGACGAGAAGUCAUAGUAUGGGGCGACUGUGUUAAACUGAGAUAUGGGUCGUCACCAAAGGACAAUCCGUUCCUCUGGGACUAUAUGACAAAGUAUACUCAGUUGAUGGCGAAAUACUUUUCAGGAUUCCGCGUCGACAACUGCCAUUCAACCCCAUUGGUGGUUGCAGAAUACUUCCUCGACCAAGCCCGCAAGGUACGACCAAACUUGGCCGUAUUCGCAGAGCUUUUUACCGGGUCGGAAGAAACCGACUACAUCUUUGUUAAGCGGCUUGGUCUGAGUGCGUUGAUCAGAGAGGCGAUGCAAGCAUGGAGCACCGAAGAGCUUAGUCGACUGGUCCACCGUCACGGAGGACGUCCUAUCGGGAGUUUCGAACUCGAUCUUCCAUCAGCAUCCGCUGCUGCGUCAAAGGGGGGAGAGACUAUCAAUCAUAUCCGUCAAAGUCCUGUGCACGCGUUAUUCAUGGAUUGCACCCAUGAUAACGAAGUCCCUGCCCAAAAGCGAGACGCAAGAGACACGCUUCCAAACGCCGCGCUCGUCGCAAUGUGUGCUUCUGCGACAGGAAGUGUCAUGGGGUACGACGAAAUCUACCCACGGCUGAUCAACCUUGUAUCUGAAACUCGUUUGUAUGCAUCGGAGUUUUCAGACCAGACAUCAAUUCAGCCUGGAUCUGGUGCUGGGGGUAUAGGCGGCGUGAAGAAGAUAUUGAACGAAUUCCAUACUAAGAUGGGCGCCGAAGGAUACGACGAGACUCAUAUUCACCACGAUGGAGAGUACAUUACAGUUCAUCGGGUGCAUCCAAAACAGAGAAAGGGUAUUUUCUUAAUUGCGCAUACCGCGUUUCCGGGGUACGGGGAUGGAAAUGGCGUGCUUGCGCCGACACAUCUGACUGGAACGCAUGCAAAGCUUAUUGGAUGCUGGAAGCUUAAUGUUAACAUUGGCGACGAGUCUCAAAGCAAAGUAUUGGAUGACCCAAAGCUUCUCCGAGGCCUCCCGAGUGAAGUUGUGAAUUUGGAAAGCGCCAGUAUUGCUAUUGACGGCGAGAACACUACCAUUUCGAUUUCAGACAACUUUGUUCCUGGAUCUAUUGCCUUGUUUGAAACGUGGAUCCCAAGUGUCGAGCAUGCAGAUGGUCUAGAUUCCUACAUCACGAGUGGUGCGGACGAGGCUUUCUCAAAGCUUGACCUGAUUGAUCUCAACUUUGCAUUGUACAGAUGCGAGGCUGAAGAGCGAGACUCGUCCAACGGCGAAGACGGUGUUUACAGCAUCCCUAACCAUGGCCCAUUGGUAUAUGCCGGUCUUCAAGGCUGGUGGAGUGUUCUCGAGAAUAUCGUCCGGUACAAUGAACUGGGCCACCCUCUGUGCGAUCACUUGCGGCAAGGAGAGUGGGCAUUGGAUUAUAUUGUUGGCCGUUUGGAAAAAGUAGCUAAACAAGAAGGAUACGCUCACCUUCAUGGGCCAGCUGCCUGGCUCCGCGAGCGCUUCGAUGUAGUCCGAAAGCUGCCCAAUUUUUUGCUCCCGCGAUACUUUGCAAUCAUCAUCCAGAGCGCAUUCACAGCGGCAUGGCGGCGGGGGAUUCAGUUGUUUGACGAGAAUAUUCAAAACGGGCAGCAGUUCAUCCAUCAAUUGGCGAUGGUUAGUAUCCAGCAAGUUGGAUAUGUCAGUUCGGCAUCCGUGUGGCCGUCAAAGAGCGUGCCCAGUCUCGCGGCUGGCCUGCCGCAUUUUGCAGUAGACUGGGCUCGGUGCUGGGGACGAGAUGUGUUUAUUUCUCUCCGCGGUCUUCUGUUAUGUACUGGUCGGUUUGACGAAGCCAAGGAACAUAUUUUUGGAUUUGCAAGCGUUCUCAAGCACGGAAUGAUUCCGAACCUGUUGAGCAGUGGCAAGCUGCCCCGGUAUAACUCUCGCGACUCGGUGUGGUUCUUUUUGCAGGCGAUCCAGGAUUAUACCAAGAUGGUUCCGGACGGCAUCAAGAUAUUGGAUGAAAAGGUUCCCAGGCGGUUUUUGCCGUAUGACGAUACUUGGUUUCCUUACGAUGACGCGCGCGCGUAUUCAAAGUCUUCAACAAUCCACGAGAUUAUCCAGGAAGUGUUUGAUCGGCAUGCUUCCGGGAUUAGUUUCAGGGAGUACAAUGCAGGACCUGAUCUAGACGUGCAGAUGAAGCCCGAGGGAUUCCAGAUCGACAUCAAUGUCGACUGGACGACCGGUAUUGUCUUUGGCGGUAGUCAGUACAACUGCGGCACAUGGAUGGAUAAAAUGGGCGAGAGCGUCAAGGCUGGAAGCAAGGGAGUGCCAGGGACGCCUCGAGACGGCGCUGCUGUUGAAAUUACCGGUUUAGUGUAUAGCGCUCUCAAAUGGGUAGAACAACUCCGGACAGAAGGCAAAUACGAGAACAAGGGCGUCGACACGGCCAACAGCGAAACAGUUUCUUUUGCUGACUGGGCAGCGCGCAUCAAACAAAACUUUGAACGAUGCUAUUACAUCCCUCUCGACGCCGCUGAAGAUUCCCAGUACGAUAUUGACGCAUCCAUCGUCAACCGCCGAGGCAUCUACAAAGAUUUGUACAAAUCUGGGAAACCAUAUGAAGACUACCAACUACGCGCCCAGUUCCCCAUCGCAAUGACCGUCGCCCCGGACCUGUUUGAGCCAUCACACGCCCUGCAAGCGCUCUCCGUUGCUGAUUCCGUGCUCCUCGGUCCUACAGGCGUCGCAACCCUAGACCCAUCUGACCUCAACUACAGACCCAAUUACAACAACUCGGAAGACUCGACGGAUUUCGCCACAUCCAAGGGCCGAAACUACCACCAGGGCCCAGAAUGGCUCUGGCCACGGGGAUUCUUCCUGCGCGCUCUGUUGCAUUUCGAUUUGUUGCGCAGGAAGAAUGCAGAAGAACGCACCGAGACGUUUCAGCAGAUUACGCGCAGGCUUGAGGGUUGUAAACGCGCGUUGAGAGAGAGUCCGUGGAAGGGGUUGACUGAGUUGACGAAUGGAGCUGGCGAGUAUUGUGCUGAUUCGUCCCCAACGCAGGCGUGGUCGGCAGGGUGUUUGUUGGAUGUGUAUUACGAUGCGCUGCAAGUUGCGUCGGCCUGA